AUGUCGACGAAGAUAAUCGUGUUGAAGAGCUCCGAUGGUCAAUCGUUCCAGGUGGAAGAGAAGGUAGCGAUCCAAUCGCAGACCAUAGCGCAUAUGGUUGAAGACGACUGCGCUGGUAGCGAGAUCCCUCUUGCUAACGUGACGAGCAAGACUCUUGCCCUAGUGAUCGAGUACUGCAAGAAGCACCAUGUCGAUGAGGCUAACCCUAACUCCGAAGAGGAACUCAAGAAGUGGGACGAGCAGUUCCUGGAAACAGAUCAAAGCACCCUCUUUGAUCUCAUCCUCGGUGCCAACUACCUCAACAUCCAAAGCUUGCUUGACCUAACGUGCCAAAAAGUUGCGGAUAUGAUCAAGGGCAAAACUCCAGAGGAGAUUCGUACACUGUUCAACAUUGAGAAUGAUUUUACACCUGAGGAAGAAGAAGCAGUUCGUAAGGAGAAUCAAUGGGCUUUUGAAUGA